ACGCCCGGGGGAAGGGAAAAGGCAGCAGAGCGCGGGUCGGAGCGCGAAGCGGAGGGGGCGCAAGCAGUGCUGGGCGCGGACUGAGAGCCGAGGGGCUGGCGGAGCGCCCUGGGGCUCAGUGCGGGGCACCCGCGAGCCCAGGGCGUAGAGUCCAACAGACUGCGCUCCUGAGAGCCUUACAGAUGGGCAGCAGGACUACAGAAUAGUACCCCUACAUGGAGAGAGAUUACAGGGCUGAUCAGAAAGGAUGAGAAACAAGAAAGUUACUCUUUAUUUCUGAAAGAGAGCAUCCUCCGAUUCUUCCCCCACCUCAAUCCCUGUUGCUAUGGAGACCAUCAAUGGGACUGAGACCUGGUAUGAGAGCCUGCACGCUGUGCUGAAGGCUUUAAAUGCCACUCUUCACAGCAACUUGCUCUGCCGGCCAGGGCCAGACAACCUGACUGAGGAGAAGCGGGCCAGCCUGCCUGGCCGCAAUGAUAACUCCUACAUGUACAUCCUCUUCGUCAUGUUCCUCUUUGCUGCCACUGUGGGCAGUCUCAUCCUCGGAUACACCCGCUCCCGCAAAGUGGACAAGCGCAGUGACCCCUAUCACGUGUACAUCAAGAACCGUGUGUCUAUGCUCUGAUGCUAAGAGGCCAGGGACGGCAGAAGAUCAAGAUACCUAAGGAUUAUCUUCUGGGGCCUCCGGAACUCAGCUGUGGGCCAUACCCAGCCUCUGUGUCCUUAUCUGUAAGAUUAACAAGAAACAGUGCUAAGGGAGUUCAUUGUCAGGGUGGGAGGAGAAGAUCUGGCAGACCCGGGCCUUGUGGAUAAAGGACUUUUCCCAGCAAAAAUAGCCAUUCUAGCCAGUGGGAGCCGUAUGAACAAAUACAUAGACACAGCAGCAUAUAAUAAAAAUUAGUGGCCUAGUGGCCAGAGUGUUGGGGGCUAGGGGCUCGAGGAAGGAGAAGAGGAAGUCAUAGCAAAGGGAAAUGAGAUAGGAAAAUACCCUGAGGACACAGUUUUUUGAUGUAUUAUCUGCAACAGCCAUGAGAGGCGGUGAUAUUAUCCCAUAUCACAGAUAGGAAAUCUAAGUUAUGUUGCUUUUUCAUAGUUGUUCACAUUUUAUGUUUUUCCGCCCAUUCAACAUUUGUGAUGUUACCCCCCUGUGAGGGAAGCAGAGCAAAUGUUCUUCUGCCCAUUUGGGCCAGAGUGGUGCCAUGACUGGAACCCAGGAUCUCUGGUCUCUUUGCCUAGUGCUUUGCAAAACUCUGUGCUACCUAGGAGUGGAUCUAGGCCUGAAAUUUACAUAAUUCUAGGGGGUCCUCCUUAAGAAAAAUAAUUUUCAAAUAUCUUAUUUUUGCAAAUAUUCCAAAAACAUAUCGGCAUAUUAAUACAUUGUUAGGUUCUCUCCUAAGACCUAAGAAGGAGCCAUGCGAGUACAUAACCCUAAAUGUCAAGCCUCAUUAGCUCCAUGGUUCCUAUACCCUUCCAGCCAUGUCCCCCUGUCCUUCCCAGUCCCAUCGCCAGUCCUGGGGACUUCACUACCUCUAAGGCAGCUUCUAACAUUUUGGUUGAAUUCUGUGAGAAAUUUUCUGAUACCAAGUUGAAAUCUUGCUUCUAGAAAAUUAUUAUUAUACCUAGAAGAUAUCAUACUAAAAGAAGCAGGUACCUGAUUCAGUGGAAAGAGAACCAGCCCUGAUUCUACUACCAGUGUGGUGUAUGAUCUGGCUAGAUACUUUCCUGACUCUUGUCCUUCUUCAGAACCAUGAAAUGGAAGGAAAAUUGAAAUAGUUGAAAGUCUCUAAGGGCUCGAUCAGAUCUGACAUUCUAGGUUUCAUGUACAUUGAUUUGAACCAUAUAAAACUGCUGUGCUUGUAGAUAAAAAAACAGCUGAAUAUUAGUAGUUUCACAUGGUUCAGCUGAAUACAUCAAAUGUGGCAAGCUACAAAUCCCAGACUGGAACCUUCCACUCUUCUGUUUCAUUUCUGUUUUUAAGGGAUCUCUAUGGGGUCUCCAAAAAGCCCUGUCAAAGGAUACAUAUUUGUGUAUAGCAAACACGUUGAAAGAAUAUUUUAAUAGCAUUUAUCACUGAAGAGGAGGAUUAUGGAUGAUUUUCCCUUUCUACUUUAAAAUUCUAUGUAAUAUUUGAUUUAUUUGACCAUAAGUAUGUUUCUUAUAUCAUAAGGUCAGGGGUGGGGGAGGGAGCUACUUCCACUUUGAAAAAAUAAAUGCCUGUGUGUUCCUUGAAUGGAGGAUCACAGAACAUCUUUGCUCCCUUGAGCAGUUAGUUAUGUUGAUUCCAUGCGAAUUCAUGUGCUCAAGCCUUUCCUCAUAUCUUCUCGAGGGAGAAGGUGGAGAUCUGAUUAAGAAGAUGUAAUGUAAGAGUGUACAACAGACUUGGAAGUCUACAGCUGGAUGGGACUUUGGCGACCACCCAGUCCAAAUGCCCAAAUAACAUAUGGAAUCCCAUGAAGUAUGAGAAUGAAUGUCAAGUGAUGGAUGCUAUCUGGAUUUUGGCAGAUGAGAUUGAGUAGAUGUAGAGGCGAUGGCACCCCACUCCAGUACUCUUGCCUGGAGAAUCCCAUGGACGGAGGAGCCUGGUGGGCUGCAGUCCAUGGGGUCGCGAAGAGUCGGACACGACUGAGUGACUUCACUUUCACUUUUCACUUUCCUGCAUUGGAGAAGGAAGUGGCAACCCACUCCAGUGUUCUUGCCUGGAGAAUCCCAGGGACGGGGAAGCCUGGUGGGCUGCUGUCUAUGGGGUCGCACAGAGUCAGACACGACUGAAGCAACUUAGCAGCAGCAGCAGAGGAGCAGCAGAGGAGAAAGGUAGGAUUUGAACUGGGCUUUGAAACAGGACAGAUCUCAGUGGACAGAGUGAAUGAAGGGAAAAAAACAAGGAAGCUUGGAGGCAGAAAUGUGGCAAGACCACCCCCCUGAAAAGAGCAAGGUCAGAUGGAUGUUGGAUGGAGCAGGAAGCAGCCCAGAGUGGCUGCAUUGGGAAUUCAGUGUCCCCAUCGAUGGUGGAGACUCCCCUUCACACCCCUGGAGAAGGAAAUGGCAACCCACUCUGGUACUCUUGCCUGGAAAAUCCCGUGGACAGAGGAGCUUGACAGGCUGAGUCCAUUGGGUUGCAAAGAGUUGGACACAACUGAGCACAUACACAUGCCCCUUCACACAGUCCUUAUAACUCACAGGGCUUAAUAAUAAACUAAUACAAAUGCUUUUGAAUGCAAGUUACAGAAAUCCAAUGUGUAUUAGCAUAAGCACAAUAGAGGAUUUACUGAGAGGAAUAUGAGGUAGUCACCAGUUCAAAAGAAGCUAUAGACACUAGGGCAAUUCCAGGGAUCUUGGGCCCUGGAACUACUUAAUUGUAUGGAUUUACAAAGUAGGGGCUCAAUAAACCUCACUGUGCACACCCACGAUUGGAGUAAACCUAGAAAUCUAGGACUUUGAGGUAUAAUUUAAGCAUUCUAAUAUUUUAUGAUGUAGGUACACCCUGGCCCUCCCCACAGCUCUCUCUCACUAGCUAUCCCACUACCUCCUUCAUCCCAUGUGGUCUUUUUGACUGUACUCAUUCUGCUCCCUGCUGGCCAGAUCCCAGCACAUCACCUCCAGCCUUCAAAGCAAA